AUGUCUACACCUCAAAGGCCGAGUCCUUCCAAUAAUGAAGACCGAAUGAUCCAACUGGCUGUCGAUCCCCAACGUGGCAUAGGACUUGCAACAGUCACUCGUACGCGUAAUGGUCAAAUAGAAGAAGAUCGACGGGACCACUUCCAAGACGAUCGCAUAAUCCCCGCAAAGGUCGUUGCCAGUAUGAACAGGCGUCGGGAGGCCGAAGGCCAGGAGUUGGUAGAUAUCAGUAGCGAAUGCUCGGAGUCUGACGACGGAGAGCCACAGGAACAGCCACAGGAGGCAUGUCAUUGUUACCAGGAUACUGAGAUCGACGAGUCCUCUCAUGUUUUUAAUGGAGAUAUGGUUGACGGCAUGAAGCCGUCGAUUGUUCGGAAACAUCAUAUGCGUGGAGGCUCGGUGAAGGGAAAAAGCAAGUUGGUUAAUGGCGAUCUUGAUAGGCAUUCGUUUCUUGCCUUUUUCUGUAAAGAUUGA